GCUCCGGAGCUUCCUCUCCGCCUCCUCCGCUUUGCCUGCGAGUGCUCGGAGGGAAGCGGAUCGGUAGUGGCCGGUGCAGAAACGUUGCUAAGGCGGACACGAGAUGACCGGUUCGAACGAAUUCAAGCUGAACCAGCCACCCGAGGAUGGCAUCUCCUCGGUUAAGUUCAGCCCCAACACAUCCCAGUUCCUCCUGGUCUCCUCCUGGGAUACGUCUGUGCGCCUCUACGAUGUGCCCGCCAAUUCCAUGAGGCUCAAGUACCAGCACACUGGUGCUGUCCUGGACUGCGCCUUCUACGAUCCAACGCAUGCCUGGAGUGGUGGAUUAGAUCAUCAACUGAAAAUGCAUGAUUUGAACACUGAUCAAGAAAAUCUUGUUGGAACUCACGAUGCCCCUAUCAGAUGUGUUGAAUACUGUCCAGAAGUGAACGUGAUGGUAACUGGAAGUUGGGAUCAGACAGUUAAACUAUGGGACCCCAGAACUCCGUGUAAUGCUGGGACCUUCUCCCAGCCGGAAAAGGUCUACACCCUGUCCGUGUCUGGGGACAGGCUGAUUGUGGGCACGGCGGGCCGCCGAGUGCUGGUGUGGGACCUGAGGAACAUGGGCUAUGUGCAGCAGCGUAGGGAGUCCAGCCUGAAGUACCAGACUCGCUGCAUCCGAGCCUUCCCGAACAAGCAGGGUUAUGUGUUGAGCUCCAUUGAAGGCCGAGUGGCUGUGGAAUACUUGGACCCAAGCCCUGAGGUUCAGAAGAAGAAGUACGCCUUCAAGUGCCACAGGCUAAAGGAGAACAACAUUGAGCAGAUUUACCCAGUCAACGCCAUCUCCUUUCACAACAUCCACAACACGUUUGCCACAGGUGGUUCAGAUGGAUUCGUCAAUAUUUGGGACCCAUUUAACAAGAAGCGCCUGUGCCAGUUCCAUCGGUACCCCACCAGCAUCGCUUCCCUUGCCUUCAGUAAUGACGGAACUACGCUUGCAAUAGCAUCGUCAUAUAUGUAUGAGAUGGAUGACACCGAGCAUCCUGAAGAUGGUAUCUUCAUUCGCCAAGUGACAGACGCAGAAACAAAGCCCAAGUCCACGUAAUCUGGGGAAAGCAGUUUCUCUGGAAAACACGCGCUUUCCCUGAGGCCUGCUUGCAGCCAUUGGACACUUGGUCUAGUGUGUGGAUUUCUAUGUCUUGUGUCGUAACAGAAUUGUCUCUGUGUCCUGUGAUUGUUUUGGGUAGGGACGCUUUGUAUCCUUGUACAGUAGUCUGACGAUUCUCCUCCCCUAAGCCAGUUUUGUUUGUGUUUGCUAUCUAAAACUGUUCUAUUUUUCUGCUGUCUAAUAAAUAAAUCAGAGAUUUGGAACUUUUAAAAGUUGGGUGUUUGUAAACAUUUUGGUAAUUAGUGUCAUUUAUUGCAUAACAAGGCUUCUCUUAGGCAAAGUACUCGUUGUCAGAGGACAUUAGAGGUGACGUUUGACUAAAUGUACCUUGCCUUACUUAUUAUAUCUGCGCUUGUACCAGGGGGUCAGCCCUGGGUAAAGGCAUCCACUUGACUUCUUUCAGCCAUUUUUUGCUCCUGUUUCUUUGGAGGCUCAGUGAGGCCCGGGAGCCAGCUCUGCGGCUUCUCAGGAUGGGCACAGACUGGCAGCAUCUGCAUGGCUGCUAGCAGUGCCAGUGCUGAAGAGCUCAUGCUUCCCUGGGCUGACGCUACCAUCCUCUGCAGACAGAGCCAAAGGGCAGGCCCCUCUGGACUUAGCCAUCAGCUGCUACGUCAGCGUGAAGCCCUCGGGACGAUAAAUGGUGUACCAGCCAGGAGCUACUGGUGGGAUCGGUCUUGUGGUGUAGUCUUAUGCUUUUUAAAGUCAUAACCACUUGAGCAUAAAUUUCAAACAUUGUAUAACUUAAAAAGAGAAUGGGCCAUUGUUAAAGGUGAUCAAAUUAAAGCCGUGUUAUGGACUUGUGUUUGAAGUGGUAUAGAGAGCUGCUGAUGGUUCCGUUUGGCUGUCCCUCUGUCCCUAAAUGUGUCUCCUGCCCCCUGUGUGCCACCUGUGCAGCUCACCCUCCCAGUUUGCCUGUUUAUUAAAGUUAGCUUUGCUGCCA